AAACUCCCACCUCCAACAGUAAAGCAUACACAAAAAAUGGCCGACCAUACCACUAUAGUUAUCAUCGGAGCUGGUGUUAUAGGGCUUACUACUGGCCUUCGUCUCCUUGCUACAACGGAUCAAGCUAAGUAUAGAAUUAUCAUCGUAUCACGAGAAUGGCCUACAUCUAUCCCAGGAGCUCCAGUCAACCACUCGGUCAACUACGCUUCUAUGUGGGCCGGAGCUCACAUGCGGCCCAUUCCAGCAAGCACACCUCAGCUGCAACGGGAAGCAGCUUGGCUGAAGCAUGCUGCCAGAACGUUCGAAGAGCAAAUUCGGCAGACGCCAUCGAUUGGUGUGACGAAAUGCAAGGGAAUCGAACUUCUAGAGGCACCCACGGCAGGAUAUGAACAGCAGACCGCUGAGUCUUUCUUCUCAGAAUCUGGCCUCAAUAACUACCGUAAAUAUUCCCAAGCCGAGCUUCCGCCAGGGGUUCGCUUAGGUUUCGAGUACGAUACAUAUUGUGUCAACGCACCCGUCUACUGCGCGAAUCUUUUGCGUUCAUUCAUCCUUCAAGGCGGUCGAUGUAUGCAACGCGACUUGAGUAGCGAGUGGGAGGCCAGCAGUAUUGCACCCAACGUAAGCUUAGUGGUCAAUGCCUCCGGUAUGGGCUUUGGAGAUAAGAAGUGCUUUCCCAUACGUGGCCAGACAGUCUUGACAGAUCUUUCCGCUGUGACUAAGACGGUCACGAAACAAAAAAGAGACGGUACAUGGAGUUUCAUAAUCCCGCGUUUCUUUGAAGGAGGCACUGUGGUAGGGGGAACUAAACAGCCUGGAGAUUGGACAGCCCAACCGAUCCUCUCCACCAGGAGCUCGGUACUUAGUGAAGGAAGGAAAAUCGCCGAGUUUGCAUCGGAUUCCUCAGCCGGAAGUAAUGAUGUGAGGGUAAUUGCUGAUAUUGUAGGUCGCCGGCCCAUGCGCGAGGGCGGGAUGAGAGUUGAGGUUGAGCACCCUUAUGGCACUAGUGUAAAAGGGCAGAGCAGUAUGACACGCAUAGUACAUGCUUAUGGGGCUGGUGGAAGAGGGUUCGAGAUAUCAUGGGGGGUUGCAGAAGAAGUUGCUAGUCUGGUCAAAGCAACCUUAUUAAUAAAGGACUCUAUUAUUCAAGCAAAGCUAUAAUGUUAUAAUUUAGGAACCUAUAAGGAUUAAAGG